CACGAAACGGCCUCGACGGUCUUCCGUCGUAAAAUAUCCAUAAAAUCGUUGUGUUUGCAUUACAUAUAAGACAUAUUACAAGAAAUGGACGUUUACGCUCGUACGCUGAAGUGAUACUUGAUAUUCUGCAAGCAAGAUUGUUUGGUGAAAUCGUUUAACAUGGAAUCCGGAGGACAAAGACGCAGAUUGGAGUACUGGUGGAUUUCUCUGUGUUUCUUUUUACUGCUGUGUUUCAAGCAGCAGAUUUCAGCUCAAGUAAGAUAUUCUAUUUCAGAGGAGGUAAAAGUGGGAUCUAUUGUGGGAAAUAUUGCUAAGGAUUUGGGUCUCGAGAUCAGCGCUUUAGAGGACAGACGGUUUCGUAUUGUUUCUGGGUCUGAUGAAACGCUUUUCCAAGUAAAUCAGAACAAUGGGAUUUUGUAUGUGCAUAAACGGAUCGACAGAGAAGAUGUUUGUGACGGAAACACGGCUUGCAUUGUGAACAUUAAGACAGUUGUGGAAGAUCCUUUAGAGGUUCAUUAUGUUGCAGUUGAGAUUACGGACGUGAACGAUCAUUCGCCCAGUUUUCCAGAGAAAAAGCAGAGAGUCGAAAUUGCAGAGAGCACCCAGCCGGGAGCGCGCUUCCAGUUACAAGCUGCGCGUGAUCCAGAUAUUAGUGCAAAUUCUGUGCGAUCUUACAAACUGAGCCAAAAUGAACAUUUUGACUUAGAAAUACGGGACAGGGGCGACGAAAAAAACCCAUUUCUGCUUUUACGGAGACCUCUGGAUAGAGAACACCAAGCUGAACAUAAUUUAACAUUAACAGCUGUUGACGGGGGUAGUCCGCCCAAAUCAGGAGUAUUAAAUAUUACUGUCACGGUUCUCGAUAACAACGACAAUCGCCCUGUGUUUAGCCAAGAGGUUUACACUGUUAACUUACAAGAAAAUGUGCCAGCGGAUACAGUUGUGAUGAAAGUUAAUGCUACUGAUAUUGACGAGGGGUUGAAUGGAGAAGUGCGAUAUAGCCUAGGUGGCAAUCUAAACAGUAAAGUUAAUAACAUUUUUGUGUUGGACAGUGUCUCAGGGGAAAUUAGAGUUAAGGAUAAUAUUGAUUUUGAAAAUGUUGAGGUGUACAGACUAGAUGUCUUUGCGUCCGAUAAGGGGACACCUCCAAUGACAGUAGACUGUAGAGUUAUAGUGAAAAUCUUAGAUGUGAACGAUAACACCCCUGAAAUAGAGAUUACGUCACUCUCUAAUAUUAUUCCGGAAGAUUCAAAACCUGGAACUGUAAUUUCGCUCAUUAGUGUGUCAGAUAAAGACUCUGGUGCAAACGGCAAAGUUGUAUGCACUUUGUCUUCUAAUGUGCCAUUUGAGCUCAAACCGUCUGUUCAACACAAUAUGUAUUCCUUAGUAUCCAAAACGUUUUUAGACAGAGAAGCCAUGUCUUAUUAUGAGAUCACAAUAGUUGCGACAGAUCUAGGUCAACCCCCUCUGACCUCAUUUAAAACUUUAACCGUACAGGUGUCUGAUGUGAAUGACAACAGCCCGGAAUUCAUUCAAAAUCCCCUCGAACUAUAUUUAAUGGAAAAUAACGUUCCAGGUGCAUCUGUCUUCUCAGUAACUGCGUUUGACAAAGAUGUGAAUGAUAAUGCUUUAAUUUCAUAUCAUCUAAUUAGAGGUGACGGGACGGAGAUUGACUUUGCUUCAUUCCUCAACAUUAAUUCAGAAACAGGCGUAAUUCAUGCCUUAAAAUGUUUUGACUUUGAAACUGUUAAAAAGUUCCAGUUUAAAGUUGCUGCUACAGAUUCUGGAAGUCCGUCUCUGAGCAGUAACGUGACAGUGAACGUGUUUAUACUGGAUCAGAACGACAACGUUCCUGUGAUCUUAUAUCCAGUCAGCGCUAACGGUUCUGCUGAGGGUGUGGAAGAGAUUCCCCGGAAUGUGAACGCUGGUCAUUUGGUGACUAAAGUCAGAGCCUAUGACGCAGAUAUAGGAUACAACGGCUGGUUAUUGUUUUCACUGCAGGAAGUGAGUGAGCACAGUCUCUUUAGUUUGGACCGCUAUACAGGACAGAUAAGAACCCUUCGCUCAUUCACAGAAACAGACGAGGCCCAGCAUAAACUGCUCAUACUGGUCAAAGACAAUGGGAACGUUUCACUCUCAGCAACAGCGACUGUGAUUGUCAAAGUUGUGGAGCCCAAAGAGGCUUUUGCAGCUUCUGAUGUUAAAAACGCAGUAAAAGACGAGGAGGAAAACGACGUGACAUUUUAUCUGAUCAUCACUUUGGGCUCGGUUUCAGUGCUUUUUGUCAUCAGCAUCAUCGUGUUGAUUGUGAUGCAGUGCUCGAAAUCUACAGACUAUUCGUCCAAGUAUUUACAGGACACAAAUUACGACGGGACUCUGUGUCACAGCAUCCAGUACAGAUCUGGAGACAAACGGUACAUGUUAGUUGGACCCAGAAUGAGUAUCGGCUCUACAAUAGCGCCAGGCAGUAAUAGGAAUACUCUAGUGAUACCAGAUCGCAGGAGGAGAGAUUCUGGAGAGGUAAGGAUAUCAUAA